AUGAAGUUCCAUGUCAUUGAUGCUUCAUUAACAAAAUUCUACUUAACCAAUGAUGACAUACUUCAUUACAAUCUGGCACUAAACAUCUCCUUGAGGAACAGUAACAAGAAGACGAGUAUAUCUUACUAUUAUAUUGGCUCUACAACUUAUUGUUACGGUAAGGAUUUGGCUUUGGUUUCUUUGACGCCUUUCCGACAAGGCAGUAAGAACACAACAGUCCUUAAUCCUGUAUUUCAGGGGAAAGCCUCGUUAAAACUACGGGGUCCUGAUCUUAGAGAUUUCAACAAUGAUCAGAGGGAUGGAAGUUAUAGCAUUCAUGUAGAACUCUACCUGACAUCCAAGUUGACGUACGCUGGUGGUGGAAGGGGCAGCAACGUCGGUAUCAUCGCUAAAUGCGGAUUAUUGAGACUUCCGCUGUUGGGUUCUUCGUCUAAUAACCAAACAGUAACUGGUGGAGUAUUUAACACUAAUAAGAGGUGCAAGGUAUCCACCGUGAACUUGGACUCAUCCGAUUGA